UCCUGCUCCCGGGGAUCCCGGUCCUGAGCUCUGGGGCCGAGGCGCCCGAGGCUUUCCAGGGCGCUGGACCAGGAUGGCCUUAGCUCUGUGUCUGCGGGCACUGUGCAGCCUGGCAGGCUGGCUCUCGCUCUACGGUUCUUUCUGUCGCCUGAAUAAGCACCGAAGCUAUGAGUGGAACUGCCGGCUGGUUACGUUCACCCACGGAAUCCUCUCGAUAGGUCUUUCAGCUUAUAUUGGCUUCAUUGAUGGCCCUUGGCCUUUUACCCACCCAGGCUCACCCAAUACACCUCUCCAAGUGCACGUUCUGUGUCUCACCUUGGGCUACUUCAUCUUCGACUUGGGCUGGUGCAUCUACUUCCGGUCUGAGGGGCCUCUGAUGCUGGCUCACCACACACUGAGUAUCUUGGGCAUCGUCGUGGCCCUGGUGCUUGGAGAGUCAGGCACAGAGGUCAAUGCGGUCCUCUUUGGAAGCGAGAUUACCAACCCCCUGCUACAGAUGCGCUGGUUUCUUCGUGAAACAGGCCAUUACCAUAGUUUCACUGGAGACGUGGUGGAUUUCCUCUUUGUGGCGCUGUUCACUGGAGUGAGGAUUGGCGUGGGAGCUUGCCUCCUCUUCUGUGAAAUGGUCUCACCCACGCCCAAGUGGUUUGUGAAGGUCGGGGGAGUAGCGAUGUAUGUGGUGUCUUGGUGUUUCAUGUUUAGCAUCUGGCGCUUUGCAUGGAGGAAAAGCAUCAAGAAGUACCACACCUGGAGAAGCAGGUGGAGUGAGGAGUGGCAGCUCAGACUUAAUGGACAUCUCAAGACACACUAGCCAAGGCUUGCUCUGGACAAUGGAUUAGGUUUAGUUAGCCACGAGAACCAGGUUGGAUAUAUGGCUGUUACAGAAUCGUGCUUGUUACAAACUUAGAUCACAAAAAAGGGCUAAAUUUAUUGAUUGGUUUGAAAGUCAGUCUUGGAGCAGAACACAUUCCAGUAUUAAAAUGCUGACUUCUGCAGGAGCACAGCUAUGGAAAGUGAGACUACCAGCAGUAGUUUCGAGUCAGAGCUGUGAGAUGAGUGUGCUGCAUUCCUUGUAGGUUGUGGUGACCCUGGCUCUUCUGUCCCUGGGAGGCUUGAUGACCAGACAGCUUAGAAAGGAACUCAAAAACAUUAGUGCAAUUUCUUCCUUAUUCCUUUGAAUAAACAAAUUUUAUUCCUGGCUUCUGUGUAGCAGCUUAAAGAAAUGCACCCCAUUUACUAUAAAGUGAGGGACUUUCAGGAAGUCACUUGGAUCAGGAAAUUGAGAGCAGGAUGGGGGGUGAAACCAUGACAGUGGUGGGGGGCUACUUCCUGAGUCUCCCUAUGCCAUAUACUUGGUAUAUACCAUAUAGGACUCCCUGUACUUGGGGGUCCCCAAGUACAUACCUUUAGGCAUGGCGCUUCACUAGGGAGACUCACAGGACACAGCACUUUGUUGUCCUUAGAGCUUUGAUUUAUUACAGCAAAAGGAUACAAUGAAAAAUCAGCCAAAGGAAAAGGCACCUGGAGCAGAGUACAGGGGAAACCAGCCCCAAGCUUCCAGAGCCCUCUCCCAGUGGGAUCAUGUAGGAUGUGCUAGUUCCUCUAGCAAUGAUCUGUUUAAAGUAUAUAUGAAAUGUCUAGAAGAAAGCUUGUGGGAGACUCGUAUCUGAGGUUUCACCUGGGGGCUGGUGCUAUAGGCAGUCUUUCCAUGGUGUGCAAAAGUCAGCCUUUUCCUGACUCCCAGAAGGAAAGGAGGUUUUUGCCAUGAACCACAUUGUUUGUGCAGUUCAGAGUCAGUGAGCCAGUCUCAUCAGUUCAUGUGGGAACCUUCCUGACGAAAUCUAAGUCCCUGGAUGCUGGCCAAGGGCCAACCUUGCAGACAGCCCUUUCCAGGCCUGCUCUAUUAACUCUUUUCUGCACAAAAGCCAUAGAGCUAGAGCUUCGGAUGAGAGAUGAAUGAGGUGUGGGCAGAUUUACCGAGUCCUGUUGUACGGGUUCUGCCCUACCAGGAAAACUAUGCCAGUUCUCAGGGCUUUUGUGCAUUAAUCUCCUAGGCAUGAGAGGCUGUGACUAAAUUCCGCAGGGAUUUACCAUGUAGAUUCCACUGGGCUUGAGAUGCCAGUUCAGGUUUCAGCUCUGCUAUACAUACUGCAAACCAGAACCAAAGACCAAAUGUCCUGGCCUCAGGGUGAUGAGGCUGGUUUUUUUUUUUUUUUUCCAUUUCAGAUACAUUCCCUGUUCAUCUUGUUACUACUUUUUCUCUGGAAAAGGUGCCACUCUCUCUGAACAGUAUAUUAUGAAAAAGCCAAUGUUAGAAGGAAAAAAGUAUUUCUUAGUCAAUAGUCUCUCAUCUUACCUAGGAAAAGCAAGAACACAAGGGUAGUAAAAGGGCUUAGGAAGUGAGAAUUCUUAGGUUCUUUGAAGUAAUUUGUCUACUCACCUGCCAGCUCCUUUGGGGCAAGUCACUUGUUUACUCUUUGCCUCUGUUUGAACCCUACUGUCAGUAAACGAAAUACCCUAUUGCAUAUUUCAUAGAGACAUUAGGUGGCUUUUCAUUAAUGAAGGUGUUUAAUGUAGGACUUUUAUGGGAAAAAAUGAAAGUUUUAUUUGUUUGUUUGUUUUUUAUUAUUUAGUCAGUUGUGUUGUUGAGACCAUGUAGUGGCGACCAUGUAGCUUAGCUGAUGAACAAGGGUCUGGGGCUGUUGAAGUCAGGGCUGGAGGUCAGUAAGAAGUGUCAGCCCAUUCUAUGGUCACUGGUAAUCCUAGCCUAAUGAGUGGUUCUUGAAAAUGGACAUCAUUGUCCAGGCAUGAGUGGUUGGAACCGAAUGAGGUCAUCAUUGCUCUGGGAAAAAACAGCUUUAAAGGCAUGUUAACUAUGGGUCUUUUAAAAUGAUUGUCAUUUGGUUAAGGAGAGUUGCUGGACAUGAGAAUAAUCUGACAGUAGCAUCCCCAACUCCUUUUUUUCUAUGACCCAUAUCCCUGAAAUGCUGGUUAGCUUCUUUCCAAUAAGAUUGUGGUCAAAGUAGGAUGUUAGGGAAUGCUGAUCUUAGCAAAAGCCUAGUUAAAAAAUCGUGGCUUGGCACCAAAAAAAAAAAGGAAGAAAAAAGCCAUUUCUUGAAUUUUGGCAUAGUGCAACCUGUCCCAUACCAGACGAAUGAAUAGACUUAAUCUGGUAUCAGUUCUUUUCUCCUUAUGCCUCAGAAGCAAAGGGAUUGCAGACCUUGCUCUUUUAGGGAAAUGUACUUAGAUUUCUUGAAUUUCAAGAAACCUAACUAAUGAUAAGGGAAGGAGAAUCCCUCAUUUUAGCUUUUUCUUGAUGUUGUAGCUGAUAACUCCAAAGGCAACUCGCUGAGACAAAACUGUGAAAUGAAGGUGACUCAGCAGUUAAGAUGCUGAGUUUGUCCAUGACAGGUACCAAAGGGCUAAUUAACAUGUGGUAUGGUCAGACACAUGAAGUACUCAUUUGCAUUCAGAUUACUAUGUAAUAAUUAUUAACACUGCUCAAGAAGAAUUUAUAUUUCAAUAAGAUUUAUACUAAAUUUUAUAAAAAUAAACAACUUUUUAUCAAUCCA